AUGAGUUUGAAGUUCAGUCAGUCAGUCUCUUGUGGCUCUGCAAUACCUGCUCCUGAUGCGGCUCCCCCUCAGUUUCUGAGCCAUGGCGCACAAGCGUUCAUCUACACUGGGCGAUGCAACAAGGGGAAGGCGAGUGGGAGGAGGGUUGCGAUCAAAGUGCAAGAGAGGAGGCCGAAGACGAGCUACCAGGUCACCACUGAGUAUUACGUGCUAUCAAAGCUCAAGGGGUCGAGCCCCAGACUCUUCCUGCAAGAGCCGCUGGCCUAUGGCUGCCAUGAGGACCGGUGCUACAUCCUCGUCACGGGCAUGCUGGGCCCCAACAUGCUCUCGCUGCUCCCCGCGUCGAAGAGAAUGCCGGCGAGGCAGGUGCUGCUGCUGGCCUACCAGGGGCUGGGGCUGCUGGAGGAGCUGCAUGCGGCCAUGUACGUGCACCGAGACAUCAAGCCCGAGAACCUCGUACUUGGAGGCGAGGGACUGGAGAAUCAGCUUCACCUCAUCGACUUCGGUACAGCUGAGGCGCUGGUGGACCUCGCGGGGAGGCGAAGGUUGCAGGCACAGGCAGCGGAAGGGACUCCGGCCUACAUGGCGACGACGGUGCACAAGAAGGAGCCGCUGAGCAAGCGAGACGACGUGGAGGCACUGCUGUGGACGCUGCUGCGGCUGUACCUGGGGGAGCUGCCGUGGGAAAGGCUGGGAGGGAAGCAGCAGGGGGAGGAGAUGCCUGGCAGGGGAGCGAUGAGCAUCGACAAGGCCAGCUGGAGGUAG